UUCAAGAGAAAACAUAAUCUAAAAAACUUGUCUUUUAUCAAGGUAAAAUGUGUGAAUUGGGCCCUGUCUUGUUCCCAAAGUUUGAUUGGGCGUUGACGGGAAAGUGCGCGAGCUACUCCACCAAUGAUGGCACGUCGUUUCUUGAUUUUCCUGUACCGAAGACUUAUGGAGUGGCUCAUCAUCAGACCAGCUUAGGGGUUUCUGCUUCAUCUGAGGGUAAUGGAAUAGACAACAAUUCGGUCAUGAUCAAGAAGCUUAGUCACAAUGCUAAUGAGCGUAACCGUCGCAAGAAGAUGAACUCUUUGUUCUCAACUCUUCGUUCAUGUCUUCCUGCUUCUGAUCAACUGAAUAAGUUAAGCAUUCCUCAGACGGUUUUGCGGACCGUGAAGUACAUACCGGAUCUGCAAGAGCAAGUGAAGAAGCUAACCCAGAAGAAGGAAGACCUAUUGGUGCGAGCAUUGGGUCAAAGAGACAUGGAAAGUUACGUUAAGCAGCAACCACAAGCGGUUGCUAGUUAUGUCUCCACCGUUUUUGCGACUAAGAAUGGAGACAACGAAGUGAUGGUCCAAAUCUCAUCGUCCAAGAUUCGUAAGUUUUCGAUAUAUAAUGUGUUGAGUGGAUUAGAAGAAGAUGGUUUUGUUGUUGUGGAUGUUUCAUCUUCGAGUUCUCGAGGAGAAAGGCUCUUCUACACUUUGCAUCUUCAAGUAGGCAAGACUGAUAGUAACAAGAUAAUUUGCGAGGAGUUAAGUCAAAAGAUAUUGUACUUGUAUGAAGAAUGUGGAAACUCGUUCAGAUGAUAUUUUGUGCUUGGUUCUUUUAGUUAUGUUGUCCUUUUUAAUUUACAUAAAUCUUCUUGGCCAAUUUGUUGUAAUCGAGUUGCUCUAUUUUGGCCGAAGUUAGUGGUCGACUAC